AUGUCUACCUUGCAUGUGUCUGCAGUUGAUGGUAAUACUUUCACAUUCAAUUCAUAUGAUAACCAGAAUACAAACCGUGCUUUGAAGCUAAAGGGGGCGAUCAAUAUCGAUCCUAUGGAUUCAGUUGAUAUGAAGCUGAAAAGGAAACAUGCUGAGAUCCAGCCUACUAAUGUUGAAGAUGAUGAGCCACUGUCAUUUGCAUCACCGGUUAAGUCAAAUGAUCAUGAGAGGUACUCUGACAAGUCUAAUGAUAAGAUUUUGGAUGACUAUACAGCUAAAUAUAAUCGGAACGAGGCAGAUGACUACAAGAUUGGCGAGGAAGAAUAUAACCCUGAUAACAAGCAUAUUUGCAUAAGAUCCUCUGGAUUAUCAAACCUUUAA